CCAGCCUGUCUCUUGCUCCGCCACAGACACACACCCACCAAGCACCCACCGCCUUCCGCCCUCGCCGGCCGCCGCCGUUGCGCCGCGGGCAGCCGGAGCGAGCGGUAACUCCGCGGCCGGCGCGGCUCGCCUGCCCGGCUCCUUCCGCGCAGCGAGCUCAGCCCCGCUCGAUUUUUCCUCUUCCAUCCCAGCCCUCUGUUGUCUGGGCGGCGGCGGCGGCGGCGGCAGGGGGAUGGGGCCCCGCGUGGGGAAGGGGGUGAAGAUCGAUGGAGAUUAUUGUUCUUUUUAAGGAUGCUUUAGCUUCCUCCCGCCGCCUCUCCUUUGAGCCUUCCUCCUAGAGAACGUGAACCAGAGUCAGGGAUGUAAAGAGAGGGGGGAAAAAACGCCAGGAGCUCCAGCCAGCCUGGGAGACCCUCCUCUCUGUGGAGGGGAGGGGGAUUUCCAGCGAGAGAUCAUUGACGAAGGGGCUCGUCGCAGGGAGAGGAGCCCCGGAGGGAGCGGGGAAUCCCACAGCCCUUUGUGGUGCCCGAGCCCGUGCCGCCUGCUGAGCGGGGUCGGUGGGAGCUAGUUGUGUCCGUGGAAAUGCCUGCCUCAGAGGGAUAUCGCUCCAGUUGACCUCCCCACGGCUCACUCUUUGGAAGACCCUGGCUCUGCAGCUUCGUUCAGUUCAAAAUGGCAGAAAAGGCUGCCCCUGGCUUAAACAGGAAGACUUCAAGGUCGACACUUUCUCUCCCACCGGAACCCGUGGACAUCAUUAGGAGCAAAACGUGCUCCCGGAGAGUUAAGAUCAACGUGGGGGGUCUCAACCACGAGGUGCUGUGGAGAACGUUGGACCGGCUGCCCCGCACACGCCUGGGGAAGCUGCGGGACUGCAACACCCACGAGAGCCUCCUGGAGGUGUGCGAUGACUACAACCUGAAUGAGAAUGAGUAUUUCUUUGAUCGGCAUCCGGGAGCCUUCACUUCCAUCUUAAAUUUCUACCGGACAGGGAAACUCCACAUGAUGGAAGAAAUGUGUGCUCUCUCCUUUGGCCAAGAGCUUGAUUACUGGGGCAUUGAUGAGAUCUACUUGGAGUCCUGUUGCCAGGCCAGGUAUCAUCAAAAGAAGGAGCAGAUGAACGAAGAACUGAGGCGAGAGGCAGAGACCAUGCGGGAGCGGGAGGGAGAAGAGUUUGAUAACACCUGCUGCCCUGAAAAAAGGAAGAAACUGUGGGACUUGCUGGAGAAACCCAACUCAUCCGUGGCUGCCAAGAUCUUGGCCAUCGUGUCUAUCCUGUUCAUCGUACUCUCCACCAUCGCUCUCUCUCUCAACACUCUCCCGGAGCUGCAGGAAAUGGACGAAUUUGGGCAACCCAACGACAACCCCCAAUUAGCACAUGUGGAGGCUGUCUGUAUUGCUUGGUUUACCAUGGAGUACCUUUUACGGUUCCUAUCCUCACCAAAUAAAUGGAAGUUCUUUAAAGGCCCACUAAACGUCAUUGAUCUGCUGGCCAUCUUGCCAUAUUAUGUCACCAUUUUCCUCACAGAGUCCAACAAGAGCGUGCUGCAGUUCCAGAACGUGAGACGGGUGGUUCAGAUCUUCCGAAUCAUGAGGAUCCUCAGGAUCCUGAAGCUCGCCAGACAUUCGACAGGCCUGCAGUCUCUGGGUUUCACCCUCCGACGGAGUUACAAUGAACUGGGCUUGUUGAUAUUGUUUUUGGCCAUGGGGAUAAUGAUAUUUUCCAGCCUGGUAUUUUUUGCCGAGAAGGAUGAAGACGCAACCAAGUUCACCAGUAUCCCGGCAUCGUUUUGGUGGGCUACCAUCACCAUGACCACAGUAGGCUAUGGGGACAUUUAUCCAAAAACAUUAUUAGGGAAAAUUGUGGGAGGCCUCUGUUGUAUUGCUGGGGUCCUGGUCAUUGCCCUUCCCAUCCCAAUCAUUGUGAACAAUUUUUCUGAGUUUUACAAGGAGCAGAAACGCCAGGAGAAGGCAAUUAAAAGAAGAGAGGCUCUUGAGCGGGCCAAAAGGAAUGGAAGCAUCGUUUCUAUGAACCUAAAAGACGCCUUCGCUCGAAGUAUGGAACUGAUAGAUGUGGCUGUGGAGAAGGCAGGAGAGACAGCCAAUACAAAGGACUCGGCGGAUGAUAAUCACGUCUCUCCAAGCCGGUGGAAGUGGGCCAGGAAGGCUCUGUCAGAAACAAGCUCCAACAAGUCUUACGAGAAUAAGUACCAGGAAGUUAGCCAAAAAGACUCUCACGAGCAGCUGAACAACACUUCCUCCUCCAGCCCACAGCAUCUGAGUGCCCAGAAGCUGGAGAUGCUGUACAAUGAAAUCACCAAGACACAGCCUCACCCUCCCCAGAACCCGGACUGCCAGGAACAGCCCGAGAGGCCAUCUGCCUAUGAAGAAGAGAUAGAAAUGGAAGAAGUGGUCUGCCCGCAGGAGCAGCUGGCCGUGGCGCAGACCGAGGUCAUCGUGGACAUGAAGAGCACCUCGAGCAUCGACAGCUUCACCAGCUGUGCCACCGACUUCACGGAGACCGAGAGAUCGCCCCUGCCGCCGCCCUCCGCUUCUCACUUGCAGAUGAAGUUCCCACCCGACCUCACAGGGACUGAAGAGCACCAAAGAGCCAGGGGCCCCCCAUUUCUAACACUAACCAGAGAGAAAGGGCCCGCGGCCAAGGAUGCCACCCUGGAAUACACUCCAAUCGACAUAACUGUGAACCUCGAGGCCAGCGGUUCCCAAAGUGGCCUCCACGGCCCCUUGCAGUCUGACAAUGCCUCCGACAGCCCUAAGAGCUCCCUGAAAGGCAGCAACCCACUCAAGUCCAGAUCGCUCAAAGUGAACUUCAAGGAAAACAGAGGCAGUGCGCCACAAACCCCGCCCAGCACAGCCAGACCCCUGCCAGUCACCACCGCUGACUUUUCACUCACCGCCCCGCCGCUCAUCAGUACCAUCCUCUUAGAAGAAACGCCCCCCCAGGGAGACAGACCCUUGCUGGGCGCUGAGGUUUCGGCACAUUGUCAGGGACCUUCCAAAGGGCUCCCCGCUCGGUUUCCCAAGCAGAAACUCUUUCCUUUCUCAUCCAGAGAGAGGAGGAGUUUCACGGAAAUAGACACUGGUGAAGACGAUGACUUCUUAGAGCUCCAAGGGGCAAGGCAGGACAAGCAGGCGGACUCCAGCCCAAACUGCUUUGCAGAUAAACCUAGUGACGGAAGAGACCCUCUAAGAGAAGAGGCCUCUGUGUGCUCUUCCUCCCCCCAGGACACGAGUCACAACUGUAGGCAAGACAUUUACCAUGCUGUGGCUGAAGUGAAAAAGGACAAUAGUCAAGAAGGGUGCAAGAUGGAGAACCACUUGUUUGCCCCAGAAAUUCAUUCCAACCCAGGAGACACAGGUUAUUGUCCCACACGUGAAACCAGCAUGUGACUAGUUACAAAAGCAAUAAAAAAAAAAAAAAACUUGGUUCUUAAAAAUGCGGUUUAAGAUGCCUGUGAACUAAAACAUGGGAAGCCCCCCAAAAAAGUGCAUAAAAUGUUAUUUUUGCAUGGCAUGAACAGUUUAGUUUAAGUACUGUUUAAAUAAAGAGUCAAGACUGACUGCAUUUUGUAACAAACACACAAAAAUGACUGAGGAACGUAAACAAAUAAAGAGAGUUCUAUUAGGAACCAGUAUUCUGCAAUGUCUGACAUUUUUGAUCCUUUUCUUUCAAAUUGUAGACAGAUUUUCAACUUUUAACUUUUCUGUUACAAUGAAUUUUAGAAUUUGCACAUGAAAGGACGAGAUGUCAUUGCAUGCAUUCAUAAUUAUGAGGAGCAAGGUGCUUUGAGCUUGCAAAAUGCAUAACUUUGUAAAUAAUGGGGCCUGGGAUGCAAAAGUGUCAAGAACGUAUGGAAACCAGUUUCUGAGACACAGGUACUUCCUUCAUAGCUACUGCCUGGAGGAGCUGUGCGGACUUCUUGUUGCAAAAUUGCAACCUCUUCUUGAACCAUCUCACAUAUCUUGCUUUGGGUUAUAAAGCUCUUAUAAGUACAUUUGUUUAAAGGAAUACAGUAUUUUCAUUUACUUGUGACAGAAUUCAUAGGGUGCGUUUUUGUUUUUUGCUUCUGCUUAGUUGUGGCAUUUGUGGUUUUAUUUAUAAAUCAUAAAAAUAGGCAAGAUUUAAUGACCAGAUAUCAAAAAAUUUGGAAUUUAAGCUUGAAAUUUUGCCAAUCAAUUAUAUAUCAUGCCAUAGCCUAUUAUAGAAAUGCAUUUCUUAAAAACCUGAAACUAUUUAAAAGAUUAUAUCAUGCAACGAAACUUUUUUUUAAAUAACACUCCACAUUUGGAAAUCAGUUCUUUUUUUAAAAGAAAAUUGUAUGUUGGCCAUCUAAAGAUGACUGUAUUUUCCACUUGUGUCCAACUUAACCUUUCUAUCUAAAGAUCUAAAGAUAGAAUGCAGAUAUGGCACAAUGGGAAUUCCAAAAAGUGACUUUUGACAAAUUAAAAGCAGAGCUAUAUAAGUGAGACUGCCACCCCUCUCAUAGAUGGAGUUGGGUUCAGAAAUGAGUUACCGUAAAAUGAGCCCUGGCCUGGUAAUGGGUCACCCAGUCUUUCCCAGUGGGGGGAGGGAACACUGCCACCUGGGGAGUGGCACAGGUGCCAGUAGCACACUCCAGUAGUUGCAGCAACUAGACACACCCCCUCACGUUUCCAGCAUCCCCAAGGGGUGUUCAGGGCUACCUUUGUUGAAAGUCACUUCCAGCAUUUUCUACCAAGAACUGUGGAUCCGAAGGAGUUAAGGCACUUGCUGGUGGUUGCCCUGUUGGUGAAGUCUAUACUAGAACCCAGGUCAUUUGAAUCUACUUUGUUUCACAGGAAGUCAAAGCUCUGGCUCCAGAUAGGCAACUACUGGAUGUGUGAUCUUGGACGAGCCUCAAAAACCUCUCUUGGUCUCAGUUUUGCCCCAAUAAAAACCAAGACAAAAUUAUUUCUAAGCUCUCUCAAGCCUUCAAAUUAAUAUGAUUCCUUAGUCUCUCAGGAAUGUCCAAGUUUUGCCUCAGCAGAAUGCAUUUUGUGCACCCGCGCACGUGUGUGUGUGUGUGUGUGUGUGUGUGUAGUUCAGGGAAAUAGUUGGGAAAAUUCUGGGCCAAAUUUAAAGCACAACUUUUUGUUUAAAGAAAAAGCUAUCCUAAAUUUUAUUCCGUUUUUAAAAAAGCACUGGAAAAAGACAACCCAAAUAUUUAGAAUCUAACUUAAGACUUUAAGAAAUAACAUUGCUUUAUCAACAGAAUCUGGUCAUUAUAUCUCAGAUAAGAUAACAAGUUUUGAUCUUAGUUGAAAUCCAAGGAGCCCUACUAUGAAGAAUAAUUUUAAACAUUUCUUUUUCACUGUGCUUAGACUUUCUUAAUGGUUUUCAUGUUUGUUUCAGAACAUAACCUUUAAGAGUUUAUAGUCAUUAAUCAUUGAUAUUUACAUUCCUCAUACUUAGUUCAGUGUCUAAAACUAAAUGUUGAUCAGUUUUUGUAAACCUGGAGUGUUUGAAUUUUCUAUAUAUAGUUUUUCAAGUCAAACAGGUAUGUCUGCUGUUAGAUGAAUAGCAAAUAAGUUAUGAAAAUCAUUUUCUCUAUAUAGUCUUAUGAAGCAAUUACUUUCAUAAAGUCUCUAUAUUGUUGUAUUUUUUUUAAUUUAUUUAUCUGUCUGCACAAAUGGACUUGUUUUAUUGCCUUGACGGUUCUCUAACGCCCACCCUUCGUGUGCCCCUUAGGCCUUCUACUGAGAACUCUGCUCCAGAAUACUUAAUAUUAGAAACCUUACCUAGAUAAGGAAUUCUAGACAUUCCACCUUGCAAGCAUUCCCCCUAAAAAUGUUUUCCCCUUUAAUCUUUCUUAAGUGUUAAAGAAUUUUCAAGAACAUACUAUAGAAAGCUUAACCUUCAAUUCUUCUUAGUCCCUCUGAGCCAAAAGACUUCAGCUAGGAAAAAAAUAAAGUACUCUUCUAAAAAAAGUUUGAUUUUGGUGUUUCACAGUUUGGGAACUGAGGACUCCCAGAAUGCACUUCUGCAGCCCCUCCUAAACCUUUGCAAUGAACGGCUCCUAAGGCAGAGAAUGAAAGUGUAUGCCUAGAAUGGUCUGGGAAUAUACCAAGCACAGAGUUCUUUUGAAGUCUUAUGUUUUACAUUAAAAAUUCAUGUAAAUGCUGCAUUUUACUCCAUAACAUAUGUUUCAGUAUAAAACAAAUGAUGUUUUAUAUUACUUAUCAACUAGUAAAAUUGAUAUUCUUAAAAUUUAAAUACCUCUUUUGUACACCCUGAAAAAUAUAUCCCCAGUUUGAGAAGCACUGCGUGGAUGGCAGAUUGCUGUGAUAAAAAAUGUCGUUCAACAAACACUGAUUGUCUACCAUGUGCCAGAAAUUAAUUUAUGUUCAGUUCAUUCCCUCGAUUUUACUAGUCGACCAGAGGGUUCACGGGACGCUGGCGGUUUCUGCUGCUGGGAGAGCGUAUGCAUCGUCACCGAGCUCAGUGACCAGGACAAACAUCGAUGAGUAAAGACUUUGAAUGAACUCGAAAUAACACAAUCUCAGGAAUGGUUCAUUUCAUUCUUCUGGCUAUCUUAACAACCAGUGCAAAUUGCCACAAGAUUGUUUUAGCUCAAAAGGCUGAGAUCCAUCACAAAGGAUAGAAAUGGGUGUAUGGAUAAAUGUCUUGGUUGGAUCACAAAUACAACAGUGGCAUACUAAGUGGGUCCCUGGAGUUGAUCUAAUUAGUCUCUAAACAUUUCCACUGGAAAUUUCUCCACUCUGGCACAACCAACUGCUCUGAAGCAAGUGUUUAGAUCAAGCAUUAUCCUGAUAUGACUAGAUUUGGUAACAAGGACGAUAUGUGCCAAGAAUCUGUUCCCACUAAUUUCUUGUCAAAACAGUCUUACGCUCAUGUAGAUAAAGGCGGAGGAAAGUCAAUGAUUCAACUAUUUUCUCUUGGCAUUUGAAUAGGAAAAAAAAAAAGAAAAGCCUUAUGUGUGUAGAGUACUUUACAGUUUGUUUUUGCACUUAAUCCUCACAAGAGCCUUCUGCACUAGGAGUUAUUUAUCAGUAAAGGACCAGAGAGGUUAUGUGUUUUGCUCAAGUUCACACAGGUUACUGGUGAAGAGGAGAACCUGGCCUCAUCCACGUGGUCUGGCUUCAAGUCCAGCAUCCCCAAUAUACCACAGUAUGUUGAGUUAGGGUUUUUUCUUUCUAUUAAUAUUCACAAUUAUGUAAACAAAACUGAGGUGCAUUUAUAGUCAUGCAGUUUGUCUGAAGCAGCAGCGGAUCGUGUCAAAUGGUAAUGACUGAAGAUAAACGCCAUUGACCAUCUUUAGCACAUACGUUUGCCAGUUUAGAAUUCUGGUCAUAAUAGACACAUCCUUGGGUUAAAGAAAAGACAUAGCUCAUGAUGUAACAGGACAUACGCAUCAAGCAGAGGGCUGAAGGGAGCCACUUGAUUUUCUGAAACAAAAACCAGUAGAACUUUAGAACUACUUCUAGUCUAAGUUCAAAAAUAUUGUCUAAUUGAAUUUGGUUGUCAUUUACUGUCCUUCCAGUCAACAAAUACUAGGUGAGCACCCUAUAUUACUAACUACUAGAUAUGCACCCCUAAAUACUAGAUAAGCACCCCUAAAUUCUAUAGAGGGCAUUGUGCUUGGUGCCAGGGUGCAGCCCCAGCCUCACGGAGCUUCCUGCCUGGCCCAUUUAAAACCAGGCCGAGGACCCUUUGGGUUACAGAAAAAUGUCUUCUGAGUAUGGAAAAAUCACUUAAUCAUCAAACCAGGGAAGCAUUGAACAGGAACAAGUGAAAUGCUUUCCCAACAAACUGUUUUCCUAAGAAAUAGAUGGAUGGUAUAAAUGAAAGUCUGGUCAUAAUUAUUUUUGAAUCACAGUUUAGAUUUAUGAUUGAGAUAAUACGUUGUUAAUCUGAUGAAGGAGGUGAUAUGUUAUCUUCCUUAUCUGAUAAAUUGAAAAAUAAUUUUUCAAUUAGAUAUGUUGCUUGUCAAAAUAGCUAAUAAUAGUCUGUCACUGAUAACUAGAGCAAAAUGUGAUACCAGUGAAAAAGUCUAUAACAAGUUUUGUAUUUUAAUAGUGUGUUGAUGGUUAUGUGAUGAAAAACAAAACAUUUUAAUUGUUUUUCUUACUUCCUAUUGACUAGAGGCAACAUUUUAGCACUAUCACUAGUCCCUGUUUAGUCCUCUGAAUUUCUAAGAGGAGGAUAUUUAAAAUUCAAUAUUCAAAAAUUAUUUAGCUUAACUA